GAUUUUUCCUCGGAUUUUUCAAAUCAAAAGUCAAAUUACUGUUAGUGAAAUAUUGAAAUAAUUCAGUGAUUUUGUAAACAUUUCAUAUCAACCGGGUUAAUGACUAAUCUCUUGCCAGAAUUUUGAAAUAACUACAUACUUUUGCUGUGAAAUCGCCCAGCAGGAAACCAUCAGAUGCGGGCUCACCGUUAGCUAACCUCUUUUUUGCACAGCCAAAUUUAUUAACCGAUAGGCGACAAUAAUAUAUAAGUAAUGGAUGAAGAUUAGUUCACUCUCAUUUUCCGACUGGAAAUCAUGGAGGUGAUAUCGAAUAGUCUGUUUGUUUUGUUCGUGUGCAGCUUCCUGUCCCUUUCUCAACAGUGUACCAAUCCUGGAUAUCCCUUUGAAAAUCACCUCUCUUCAAAAACGCCAUACAGAUUCGUGUCAAAUCAGAGCUUUGAUAGAAUUUUAUAUGAAGGAUGCAUUCCUCAGAAAAUCUGGAUGCUAGUGAGACAUGGGACAAGAUAUCCAGAAUAUGGAUUCAUAGAGAAAAUGACUAUUAGAUUACCAGAAAUAAAAGAUCUGAUUCUACAAAAUAAAGACUUGCCCAAUGAAUAUGUAAAAAGUAGAGAUGUGGAUGUGUUCCAAAAAUGGAAACCAUAUGUUCAACUUGCAGACAAAAAAAAGUUGGUUCAUGAAGGUGAAGAGGAAAUGCUACUAUUGGCGGAGAGAAUGCAGAGUAGAUUUCCUGAACUGUUUGAUAGUGUUUACAGCAAUACUUCUUACAAGUUCAAGUACACGUAUUCUCAGCGAACUCAUAAAAGUGCACUUUAUUUCACUAGUGGUCUGUUUGGUAGAGCAGCAGCAAAAGAUAUCUGGUUCCCAGAACCCUCAAGAAAAGAUCCAAUUUUAAGGUUUUAUAAACUCUGUACUCGAUGGGAAAACGAUGUUAAACAAAAUUCGGCCGCUCAGCAAGAGAGAAUAAUUUUUAUGAACGGAGCGGAAAUGUCUAAAACUGUUCAAGAAAUCAACGAGAGAUUGAAAAUGAAGAAAACUCUUCUGGAAACAGAGGACAUAAUUAUGAUGUAUGACAUGUGUGCAUAUGAAACAGCCUGGAACAAAUUAGCCAAAUCACCUUGGUGUUCUGUUUUCACUGUAGACAAUUUGAAGGUCCUGGAAUAUGCUGCAGAUCUCAAACAUUACUGGCGCGAUGGAUACGGUUUUGAAUUGACGUAUAAACAAGCCUGCCCUGCCUUUGGAGAUAUGAUGAAUUUCUUAGAGUCAAAAUCACGCUUUCCAAGAGUUAACGUAUACUUCACACACUCUGGCACAUUAUUGAAAAUGUUGGCCCAUCUAGGACUAUAUGAGGACGACGAGCAUUUAACUGCAAAGAAUUUCGAUCACAUGUUGACGAGAAAGUGGAGGACAAGUUUGAUUGAUAGUUUUGGAACUAAUCUGGCUUUUGUUCUUUACAGUUGUGAUUCAGUUGACAAACUAUUGGUGCUGCAUCAAGAGAAAAUCGUCAGAUUGCCACCUUGCCCGGAUUCCGAUUUAUGUGAAGUGGACAAAAUCAAAGAGUUCUACGGGGAAAGUCUGGAUAGCUGCGAUUUUCAAGGCAUGUGCAAUUCGACUUAUACUCAGAGAGAUGUUGGGGAAGCAUAAUAUGGUUGAGCCCAGGACAGAAACGGAUUUCUAUUACCAAAGACAAUCAUAUGUUUUGACGAGAUUUUAAUUUUAUUUAUUGAGCGAAUGACGUUGUAUGAAAAUAUGUCACCAAGAGUUAAUGAAACAAUAAAUUAUUCUUUUAUG